UUAGAGUCACUAAAUGCUGUAGCGAAGCUAUAUAGUGACAGAUGAUGCUUUUCGAUGUUCUUUCCACGGAUCAGGUCGAAGGGGUCCCAUUAGUGCAUUAUCGUUAAUGCCUUGUAUUUUUCUUUUUCGAUUCGUGUUUCUUUUUAUAUACAUAGGCGCCGAUAAGUGCCUAAACUUGCUGGUUCAUGUUUAUUUCGUUGUUUUUGGAACAAAAAACGAGGAUACGCUUCGCCGUGCUACAUCACAGAAUAGAAGUGUCUCCCUUGUAGCGGAAAGUAGAUUUUUUUUCGCCUGUAUUCCUUGUACCCGGUGCAACACCACGUCUGCCCUUUCAGCUGUGCUUAGUGGUGACCAGGUCUAUAUAAGCUACUUAGAGUCUAAUUGACUUACAAUUACAUGACUUUAAGAGUAAUGAAGUUACAGGAAAAGUUAUUUAGAAACGCUCCUCCGUUACAGUUGCUCGAUGAAUGUUAUUUAAAUAUUUCUCAGUUACUUCCAGUUAUCUAUUUUCAAGAUGGCAUGUAAACCUUUGACUAGCUCGUUCGCUGGAUUUCUUUCCUUCUUGUGUGUAUCACACAGUGUAUCGUACGUAAUACUUGUUGAAAACAAGCUUCGAAACAACCCACAACAUGCUUGGCACCUUACACACAGUACCUAAACACCGUACCCAAAACUUGACACAGAAAUUUCAUUGAAGAAAUAAUUUUCCUCAGAGUGCAAGUUUGUAAAAAAAUAAUUAAAUCACAGUUCCAGUUGUACAUUUAAGAAAGUAAUUGGUUACUGUAAUUAGUUACACAAAAAGUAAUUACUUACCUUUAAAGGUCCAAAGAUAAAACCUUUAAAGGCAUUUACAGUUACUCAGUUACCUUUAAUGUGAGAAAGGUGCAGGCGAGUUGGUACCUAAUAACAACAGUGAAAACCCGGAAGAAAAAUAGAGAUUGUGUCUCGGACUUGACUGUUAAUCGAUCCCUAAAAAGCAAUGGCACUGGACACUGAAGACUUGCAGGGUCUGCUCUAUGAUGAAAGGCAGAGAAACGUCCAACAUAGACACAACUUUGAUAAGUUGAAAGAAGAGCACGUCAAUCUGCAAGCAGACUACGUCAACUUGCAGAAAGAGCUUCAGAAGACAUUACAAGCAAUGCAGAAUACAAGAACCAAUCAAGCAGCUCUGCUUCAAAAAGCUGACAAAAUCAUUUUAGAAAAGGAAAUGGCAUUGAUACGGUUCCGUCAACAGGUGUGUACUGGAAAGGAAGUACGCAAGGAGCUUGAAGAUGAAAUGCGUGCCACGUUUUCUAAUCAUGUUCAUCAGCUACGAACACAACUUGAAAAGCACAGGACUGACCUCCAUGAAGCAAACAUGAAGGUAACGUCGUUGGAAGCGAAAAUUGAGAAUAUCCAAAGAAUUCAUCGAAGGGCACAAGAUGAGCUCACAUUGAAAUUCAAGACUCAAGUACAACAACUUGAGGGAGAGCUCCAAAAACUGUGCAGGGAUGACAACAGCAAAAUAUUAAAUGAAAUUAUUGCAUUACAAAGAGAUCAAGUGCAGCUACAAUCGAGAAAUAAAAGCCUCGCAGCCGAGCUCAGUCAAGUCCGAAACGAAUGUAAUGCUGUCCUUGCAGAGACCCAAGCGGCAACACUUUCCCAUAAGGUGAAGCUCACCACCAUUGAGGAAGAAAAGCGUCUUCUCGAAUUUAAACUCGACAGUGUGCAAUCUCAGAAGGAAGCACUGGAACAGACUCUAUCAGAGUCCAGAACGCAAGUGAGCAAUCUUGUGCAACAAAUGUCCAGCAUCCAAGAAGAGAAAUUAAAGGCGAAAAGUCAACUGGCAGAGGUUGAACGGAAAUGCAGAACAGAGAUGAGGCUCCUAGCUGCAAAGCAAAAUGCUAAGCUUGAAUGUGGUCACGAACAGACUUUUAUAGAACUUACAAAUGCAAGACUGGAAGCUACGCUCGCGACAAAGACAGCAGCCGAGCAGAAGAAAAUCCUGGCUUCAAAAGAGGAAGAAUUUCGAGAGCGUUUCAAUGUGGCCAGAUCCAAAGACUACAGCAUUAUCCGUAAGCUGGAAUCCGAGAAGAUGUUGUUAGAGGAAGAGCUUAAAGCCGAGAGGUCCACAGUCGCAUUGGCAGAACAAAGGCUCUUUGAACAGCUGAAGAAAGAGAAAGAAGAAAUGAGAGAGAAGACCGAGACAUUGCAACAGCACAUUCAUCUAUUGGAGGAACAACGUCUUAAAGACGGAACCACAAUUGACGAGCACAUUCAACAGAGACAGAUGCUCGAGCAAAUUAUACAACAACUCAGGUUGGAGUUGCAGCGUGCACAAACAGUUACGAAAAAAGACGAGGAAAUAAGUGAGAAAUGGGAACGAGAUAAGCGGAGCUUUGUGAAACAAAUCCGAGACUUAGAGUCAGAUCUGCAUCAUUGGCAAGAAGAGUAUCACCGGAAAGUGGCAGCACUCAAGCAGAAGUACAAGAAGGCACAGAAAGCUCUACAAGUGCAGAGAACAAAACUGGAGGCUCUCAUGGUUUCUCAGUCUGCAAAAAUGAGGGCAAAUACAAACACUGAUGAGAAGCUGAGGCAAGAAUUGGACACCCUCAAAAGAAAACACUUAGAAUUUCAACGAAUUAUAGAAGCAGCACCGGAUGACCGACUCGUAACGGACCACGCCCUAUAUAGAAAGGUGGCUCUACCAGACAUGCAGCGGCAUAAACCAGAAACAAUGGUUGUGCAAAAGACAGACUUAAAUCUUGCACGUAAUGUGUGUACUAUAUUGAGGCAAUAAAGAGUGAUUCUCUGCUU